UCCUUGUCAUUAUCACUUUCCAUUGUUGGGCCAUUCUAUCUGUUGAUUAGAAACUAAAAGAUUACGCUUUAAUAAAAGGAGUUCUUUUUUUUUCUAUAAAAUUGGGAAUUUAUUUCAAUUGGAAACAAAGAACCAGCCAUUUUUCUUCUUUUAAUUGGGCUAAAUAAACAAUCACUUUUAAGUGUACAGAGGAGUUGGGGCAAUUUAGGGAAGAUCCUCUUGAAAUUCUGAAGGGUGUCUGUCUUAUUCUAAAGCAAAUCUCACUAGUGGUUUCUUUGUGGGGGUUCGUACCUAAUCUAACUAUGACAUGAUGGAUUAAAUGAACUAAAAGUUGGACAUGGGAUAUGAGUUUGGUGCAAUAAGCAACCUCUUUAAAGAAUUAUUAUGGAUGAGAAAAAAUUACAGGAAAAAGCAAGGUGUGGGUCACCUUGAAGCAUCUUUUUCAACUAAGCAUAAGAAAGACCCUUUCCACUUUCCUGUUACCAGUUUGAGAUGCUCUUUCUUCACCCUCCAAACUGAAGCAUCUCAAGGAGAUGGGGUUGCUCCAUCAGUAGUUCAGCAGCUACAACAGGAGGCAGGAGGUGACCUUUUCAGUGUUUACAUAAGGCAUAGAGAAGCUAUGGUUUUUCCUGGUCAGGCUAAGAAGGAGGUCCCGAGAGUUGAACUCAACAAGCCAAAGAGCUUGUUGCUUCCUGGAACUUGCCUUGCCUCUGUUGGAUCCUUAUCGAUGCCUCUUGUCCACGAAGUUGUUCUCUCAGCAGAUAUCCGAUGUGCAGAGUGUCAAAGAAGAAUAGCUGACAUAAUGUCAAGAAUGAAUGACACAGAUUCUGUUUUGGUUAAUGUGUUGGAGAAGAAGGUAACACUCACUUGUAGAUAUCCUGGUAUUGUUAACUUAGCUUCAAGGCAGGUUCCUGCUAUUUACAGGAAUCCUGUAAGCACAAUGGCCAUGAUCAAGAGGAUUUUUCGCUCUUCCCGGAGCAGCUCUGUUGCAUGGUGAUGAGAGUUAACAUUGACUGCCAUGGCUGUUACAGGAAAAUGAGAAGAAUCCUUCUUAAUAUAAAAGAAGUAGAGACACAUGUGAUCGAGAAGCAGCAAUGCAGGGUAAGCGUAUGCGGGAGGUUUAGACCCUCAGAUGUGGCAAUAAAGAUAAGAAAGAAGAUGAACCGUAGAGUAGAGAUACUGGAAAUCCAGGAGAUCAGC